GAACCGCGCCGCACUUGGCGAUUGCAGCAUCACCCUGCCGGCAUGAAUAUCCGACCGCAUGGACGGCCGCAGCAUAAUGCAAUGUCCUUUCCACCACCGCAGCGCGAUAUCUUCUUCCUUGACCAAGAUCUACAUUGAGGCCUGGAGUCACAUCAAAAAUCUCAUGUUCGAAUCAUAAAUAUGCCGCCACGCACUCCCAUAUUGUUGAGAGCCUCCCAGGCGAUCGCGACCAAGUUUCCGAGGCUGACUCCCCUCGCGUCGAAAUUGUCCCGAAUGCAUGACGAUAUUACGGACUUUGGCAUCUUCGCCGGUGUCGCGAUCCAAUUCUCUUCGAAUGUGUCGCAGACGGUCCACCGGAUCCGACGCCAUAUCGCAUCGGACGACGGCGGACUUGCAGAUGCCAGCGCUAUGAAGGCAUCAUUCACCCCAACGUUCGCCAUGAUUGGUGUUGCAGGUGCGGUGCUUGCCCAGAUCGCAGUACAAACUCUCUCUAUGCCUUCGCUACAGGAAGUCACAUGGCUCGCCGAGGCAUUUUUCGUGCUAUGCUUAGUCUCAGGUUCCUUCGCGGUCAUCUUCUCCUGUGUGCUUCAGAGCACCCUGGGCAACUUGCACACUCCCGCUGAGUUUCAGGCAUGGAUAACUCAUGGGUUGUCCUCUGAGACAGUCGAGACCCUUGACCUGUUUGAGCAGCUCGAGCAGGACCCUCGCUCCGACUUGACCAGCCAUUUUGGGAAAAAGUCCAUCUCAACUUUAAAGAGAGCGCUCAAACUCCGAAGGCCACGUCCCUCUCUCAUCGCGGUCUUCACGCUAACCGCUCCCAUGCAACUCCUCGAACUUUCAGUCGCUAUGUUGCUUAUGGGAUACAGUGUUUAUUUCGUCUCUAUCCCAUUAAAGCUGCCGAAUGGCGAUCGUUCGGGCGCCAUAUUUAUCCUAUAUAUGAUCGGCAUCAGUUUCGGAACCGUCCCAGGUUACUUCCCAUUCCUCAGGAAAGUCUUCGCGCUCUUCGAAAGCCAAAAGGUCCAGCGUAUGCGGCCCAUGCUGCAAGAGAUCCAAACCGUGCUCCACCGGACCGACCCUGAAGCCAACAAAGGCCAACCCGACAAUCUGCCUGGUGCUGGUCGUCCGUACAGCGAGCAUGAAAAUCAAGAAGAUGUCUUGAAGACAAUGAAUGAGCUUAUCCGGCUUCAGAGCGAACAGUUGGUGCAGCAACAGCAUCUUCUGCAGAUCAUGUCCCAAAGGCUCAUCAGCACGCCCAUGUCAUAUCCGAUCAGGAAGGCUUCAUAUGAUCAUACGCCUACGAGCAGUCGUGCCUCUGUGGAUUCCUUUUGCAAUUCUCCUAAACAUAUCUGAAGAAAGCACCAUUGAACGAAAGCCACAUCAGUGAGCUUUCAAUUUAUCGAAACGCCGAAACAGAUACUGAAUCAUUGAGCCUUGGCACAUCUGGGAUACCUGCGAGAGGAAAUCAGACAGCAUGUAAGCUCGGCUGCCAC